AUGAAGGUCGAUCCGGGCACAUACGAUAGGAAAGCACUGAAAGGAUUUCGUAAUCCUCACCGAUACGUCUCCGUAGCUAUGGUCACUUCAGGGCACAGUUUCGGGAGUAGAAAGGAAAUUAUAACGAUGCAUUCCAUGAUUGACACCCUCGUACUCUACACCUUAGAGAUCGGUUCGCUGACCAGAAUACUGGUAACCGUGACCCCCACGCGUUUAGGCUUAACUCUCGCUAUGAUCUUCGUCGGGCACACUCAUCAGCACUAG